AUGGGACGCAUCAGCCGUGUUGCUCUAUGGGACGCGUCAGCCAUGUUGCCCUAUGGGCAGCGUCAGCUAUGUUGCUGUAUGAGCAGCAUCAGCCAUGUUGCUCAAUGGGACGCGUCAGCCGUGUUGCUCCAUGGGACGCGUCAGCCAUGUUGCUCUAUGGGCAGCGUCAGCCGUGUUGCUCUAUAUGACGCAUCAGCCGUGUUGCUCUAUGGGACGCGUCAGCCAUUUUGUUCUAUGGGCAACGUCAGCCAUGUUGCUCUAUGGGACGCGUCAGCCAUGUUGCUCUAUGAGACGCGUCAGCCGUGUCACACUAUGAGACGCGUCAGCCGUGUUGCUCUAUGGGACGCGUCAGCCGUGUUGCUCUAUGGGCAGCGUCAGCCGUGUGGCUCUAUGGGACGCAUCAGCCGUGUUGCUCUAUGGGCCGCGUCGGCCGUGUUACUCUAUGGGACGCAUCAGCCGUGUUGCUCUAUGGGCAGCGUCAGCCGUGUUGCUCUAUGGGACGCAUCAGCCGUGUUGCUCUAUGGGCCGCGUCAGCCGUGUUGCUCUAUGGGACGCGUCAGCCAUGUUGCUCUAUGGGCAGCGUCAGCAGUGUUGCUCUAUGGGACGCAUCCGCCGUGUUGCUCUAUGGGACGCGUCAGCCGUGUUGUUAUAUAG